AGCCGACCAGGCAGCGCCCAGUCAAAUAUUUCUCUUGGUCGAAAUUCGUAUCGAAAACACGAUGGGCAAGCCCCGCGCCCUCGUUCUCCCACUGCGAGUCUUUACGAAAGCUCAUCGAAUAUGUGUGCCAUAUCUUCCGCUACCCUCGCCCCAGCUCUGGCGUCGGAUGCCGAUGGCUCGCAGGUUAUUUUCGUUCCGCGCGCUUCAUCUUCGAGCCAUGCGCAUUCGAGUGAGAGUACUGGACCACGUUUUGCUCCGAUGUCAGCGAAUGGAGUCAAGCGUUUUGAUCGACAUUCCAGGGAAUUUGCCAUGAUCGAUCCUUCGAUAUCUGACUACAAGAUCCAAGCUUACCAGGUCCAAUACCCCAGUCACGACGGAAACCUCCCUGUAGGCUGGACGGCGCAUGUACACCCGGAAGGUGCCCGCUACUUCCUGCAUGAACAGACAAGAACAUACACGGAAUCAGAUGUCCGUUCACCGGAGGUAUUGCACGAUAUCGUCUACUUCUCGAACUAUCUUCGUGGUGAACUCCGCCUCGCCAUUGACAACAAGAAGAUUGAUAUUGACUACGACGAUGUGGAACUAGUGCUUGAGCCGAAGAAAGCGAUGUGUGCGGAUAUCAUAUGCUGUUAUUACUUCGUCAACCCCGCGGAGAGAUGCCUUUUCUGGCUAGAUGAAUAUGAUGCGGAGGAUAUGCUAGGGGAAUGUCGGGGGGUUACUGCUUUAUCUCACAAACGACUGGCAGUUCAAGCUCAAUACUGGAAGCACUGGGAAAUGUUCCCUAACCUUUGCCCAGUCGCGCAAGAUAUAUUGGAUGAGCUUAAGGAACUUAUGCUCCAUGCCACUUGCGAUCACCUCACAACCACACGGUCUGCAGCAGCGUUGAGCGCCGAUGAACUCAAGCAGUACUUUGAAAUUGUGAAGUGGAUACGAGUGAACUCAACCGGCGACAGAGCGCAUGCGGUGGUCAUCAUAGGUCGCAACCAGUACCUGAACUUCCAUGGUCAACCAUGUGCUCGGUUAAGUGUCGACCAGACAGUGCGCGGCUGGAGCUACAAGCCAUCGAUUUACAUGACUAUAUUUGCUCCACUCCUAUGCAUGGCCCCCGUUGCUCACGUGAGAUCCCUGCACACCAGCUUUGUAGACGAUCUCGCAAGUACCUCAGAGUGGAAGAUAUUCAUCACGAGACUGAAUGGGCAACUCCAGAACCUUAACCUUCUUGGGACAGUGCUCCUUGGUGCCAAUGUUGGCUUUCUGGCAAUCCAAACAGUUGAUUCUGGCGCCGGGCGUUCCCCGACGCAAAUAGCUAGUUACAUGUCGCUGGUUCUUAGUUUCGGCUCUAUUGCUCUGGGUCUGACGUUCAUUACUCUGGAUCUCACUGGCAGGGAUCGUGGUUCUGAGGCUUCAAGGUUUUUGCAACGGAUGAAUGACGGAAAACACGGUCUGGAAAAGUUGGCAAUCAUCUACAGUCUCCCUUACGCAUUGCUCAUGUGGAGCAUGCUCUUCUUCAUUGCGGCAUUCUCCUACGAAUGGUGUAAACCUGGAGAUGCAGUCUCCAGGUCCAUCGUCGGCGCCGUGCUACUUACUGUCUGCGGGCUCGUCGUCUGGUGCAUAUCUGCGGCAUCCGAUAAGCGUGCGCCGUGGUGGUGGGAGUCAGACCAGCCGGAAUUGGUCAGCAAAGCGACUAGCGUAGAGACCAACAAGCGCCCGGAUAAUAAGCGUUAUGGUCUGGCUUCUCUUUCAGUUGUCUCUGUUCGCAGCGCACGCAGCGGACCACCACCUCACACCCAGAUGACUCGGGCAAAUGUACCCCUCAUCUCGUUUAGGCGCGCGACAGUGAGCCGGCAGGCUCCGCCUAAGAUCACCGUGACCCAGAGACCUGAAUCAGGGGAGGUAAAUGGCACGACACGUACCCCGGUAUCAGAGGUAGGGGUGGGCUAUAGGGGAUUCAUUUGAAAUUGAUGGGAUGUUUGUGCUAGAGAUCUUUUCCAUGUUGCCCAUGUCACAUCGCAUCGAUAGAGCAUUAUACACCUAGCUUACCAUAGUUUCUUCGAGUAACGUUGGGAGUCCGUACCAACACUUAAUCAAUGUUUUUUUUCGUUGUUGAAUCCAGCUUUGGCGGUUCAACUGGCCUUGCAAAAUUACGAAUGGCGGGGCAUGGAUAAGAUCAGUUUACACUUUUCACCCACCAUCUUCUGAACCUCCCG